AUGCAGAACCCGUUUGACCAAAAGAAACAGUCAAUUUUGAAAGAAAUUAGUGCUAAUGAACUAACACCCGACGCAUCUCCAAAAGGGACCAUCGAUGAGAUGUGCAUUCCCAUCAUUGACUUGAUUAAUAGUAACAAGGAUAUGGUCACCACUUCUUCGUGCUCCGGAAGAGUGUCAGUUUUUCUAGAAGGGGUCAAGGAUAUUCUGGAUGUGAAUGACGUGCAGAUUGGAGCAAAGGGGAAUUACGGUCACUGGUUAUUCGUAACUCACGAUCCCAAAUCGUUACCCAAUUGGUAUAAGUCGAUUGAUUUCAAGUAUGACACAGACGAACAACUGAAACUCAGCAGUAUGAUUGACCAGAACUCCCGUUUUAUUUUAUUCAAGUUCGAGCCAUUAAUCUUGCAUGUCAAAUGCCGUGAUCUAGAAAUGGCUAAUGCAUUAUAUACCAGUGCGAUGGGAUGUGGGUUCAGGGAAACCGGGAUAGGCAGCAACAACAUUGUGGGAAUAAGGAUCUCUAUCAAACUAGAUGUUCCAAUUGGCUACUUAAGGAAGUCAACCACCGGUGAAGAAUUGAUAUCGUUUGUGACUCAAGACUACUUGCAGAUCAUUACCCAAUUAUCAGAGGACAGAUUCAAGGAAAACUUUAAAAAAUUAGACUCCCUAUAUAAAGCCAUCGAACAACUAAAUAACAAAGCGGCCUCUUCUAGUGCCACCGGAGAGAAACAAGAAUCCAAAGAAGAAAGAAAACAAAGGAAAAUGGCAGAAGGUUUGGCCCGUAGAGAAGCCGUUAGGGCUGAAAAAGAAUUGAAAAAAUUGGAAAAA